GGCCAAAGGCUUUUAAAUACGAGAGCAUGCCCCAUAAAUUGUACAGCGGUAUGCUCCAUGCCUCUGUUCUUCUCUUAAUUACCAUUCUCAUUGUCCUCGUUUUAAGCUGAUAAGGUUAAACAGCAGUUGAGGACAUGUUCUAGGAUAACCAAAGACGUUGAUCAAAUGUCGAGAGGUAACCCUUGCCAGUUGCCGGAUUAUGAUCCGAACGACAACGAAGCCGGUAUGAAGAUUAUCGAGGACCUGACGGAAAAUGUUCACCAGAUACAGCAGUUGGUGUUGGAGGAGAUAAUAACACGGAAUGCGCAUACGGAAUAUCUUAAGGGCUUCCUUAAUGGACAGUGUGACAUGCAGGUUUUCAAGAACAAAGUUCCUGUGGUGAAUUACGAAGAUAUCAAGCCUUAUAUCGAACGAAUCGCCAAUGGAGAUUCGGUGAACAUCAUUUCCGCCGAACCGAUUAUCGAGUUGCUCACAAGCUCCGGUACUUCGGGUGGGCAGCCGAAGAUGAUGCCUUCAACUGCAGAAGACCUGAACAGGAAGACAUUCUUUUAUAAUCUGCUUGUGCCUGUGAUGAACAAGUAUGUAGACGGCUUGGAUGAAGGAAAAGCAAUGUAUCUUUUGUUUGUUAAGCCAGAGACCAAAACUCCCUCUGGUCUAAUGGCGAGGCCUGUAUUAACAAGCUACUACAAGAGUAGUAAUUUCAAGAAUCGACCCUUCAACCGCUUCAAUGUUUACACCAGCCCUGACGAGACAAUCUUAUGCUCCGACGGCAAGCAGAGCAUGUACUGCCAAUUGCUUUGCGGUUUGGUACAACGACAAGAGGUUUUAAGGGUCGGUGCAGUUUUCGCUUCGGCUUUCUUACGGGCCAUCAAGUUUUUGGAAGACAAUUGGAAAGAGCUCUGCUCCAACAUUAGAGCCGGUCAUGUCAGUGACUGGAUCACUGACCCCAGUUGCAGAAAUGUCGUAUCGUCGAUUCUAGGCGAACCGGAUCCGGAAUCGGCCAACUUGAUCGAACACGAAUGCGGAGGUGAAUCAUGGGAAGGGAUAAUUAAGAAACUCUGGCCUAGAACAAAAUACAUUGAAGUCAUUGUCACAGGUUCCAUGGCACAAUAUGUUUCGACCCUCGAAUUCUACAGUGGAGGGAUACCUUUGGUUUCCACAAUGUAUGCUUCUUCAGAAUGUUACUUUGGGAUUAAUUUCAAACCGCUGAGCAAGCCUUCGGAUGUCUCGUACACGCUUAUCUCGAAUAUGGCCUACUUCGAGUUCAUACCGGUGAAGAAGAACCAUGAAGAUGGAACCGUGGAUGUACAGUGCAAUGGUGUUUGCAAAGAAAAUUGCAGUGAAGAUGUCGAAACUGUUGAUCUCGUUGAUGUAAAGCUUGGCCAGUAUUAUGAACUUGUUGUCACAACUUUUACAGGCCUGUAUAGAUAUCGAGUCGGAGACAUUCUAAUGGUGUCAGGAUUCCACAACAAAGCCCCUCAAUUCCGAUUUGUGCAUCGACGGAACGUUGUUUUAAGCAUCGACACAGACAAAACCAACGAGGAGGACCUGUUGAAGGCUGUUACAAAGGCAAAAGUCAUAGUAGAGUCGCUUGGCUUCCUGUUGAUAGAGUACACGAGCUAUGCCGACACUACCUCCAUACCAGGUCACUAUGUUCUAUUCUGGGAGCUCACAAUCAAAGGGAGUAACCAUCUUCCGGUACUCGAUCCUAAGUUAAUGGAGCAGUGUUGCUCCGCAGUGGAAGAAUCUCUCGAUUCCGUUUACAGAAGAUGUAGGAGAAAGGACAAUUCGAUCGGGCCAUUAGAGAUACGAGUGGUGCAACACGGCACAUUUGAUGCUCUCAUGGAUUUCUGCGUGUCUCAAGGAUCUUCAGUUAACCAAUAUAAGACACCAAGAUGCAUUAAAUCAGAGGAGGUCGUCAAUAUAUUAGAUUCUAGGGUGGUAGGAAGGUUUUUCAGCCCAAACGCACCUUCUUGGAAGCCUGUUCAGAUUGGGGACUGAAUGAAGAAAAUGAAUCUUAAAAAUUUCCUGGAAUCUGUAAAAGAAUUUGUACUGUAGUUCUUUGUCUUUUUUCUUCUUCAGUGUCUGCAUGUUUCUGUAUUAAAAUUAGACAUUUAAGCUAUGGGACAACUCUAUCUCCUUUUGUACGACUUUCUGUCUGGUAUAAAAUCAAAGAUAAUUCUUC